AUGGCAACCUCCGAUAAUACUUUUUCGAUGUCGACCAUGUUCAAUGCUUUGCCACAAAUCCGUUUCUCAAAAGGAAUCUCCUCCGGUUCCAUUCUUCCUCCUCCGGGUUUCACUCCACGCGCCUCCGCCUUAUCAAAAACGCGCUCAAACCUGUUUAACCUAAUGACCAGCAGCGAAGGUGUGUCCAACUUUAAAGAAGUGAUCUCAAAGUUAGACCGAAGACAGCUUCUAACGAUGUCGUCGUUGCUGACGUCAGACUCUGAUUACUUCACAGAAGUUGUCAGAAACAAGAACGGGUCAAGACGCGUGCAGAAGCUCCUCGGGAUUUCAGAUGACGCGGACGCCUUCUUCUUCUCCGCUAUCUUGCGCCGUUUCCUUAAUAUCAUGACCGACAAGUACGCAUCCUACGUGGCGAUACGAGCCAUGGUCGUUUUCGACCGCGAGAAGAAACACGCCAUGUACGAGCACGUUCUCCAUUACGCGCUCGAUAUAGCGCGUGAUCAACACGGAUGCAUCGCGCUCAACGAGAUCAUAACCGACGCCGACGAUGCUUUCUACAGAAACCAGCUGCUAGACGUUGUCGCGCGCAACGCUCUCUGCCUAAGCAACGAUGCUUCAGGGAACUUCGUGGUCCAACACGUGCUUAAACUCUAUGACUUGCGUUGCACGCAUAACGUAGGGGUUAGUCUUCGUGGACAUUGUGUUGAUUUGUCGUUUAAGAAGUAUGGAAGUUACAUCGUGGAGAAGCUUCUUGAGUCAAGGGAGUCAAUGUUUGUGGUGGUUAUGGAGCUUUUGGAAUGCGAUGGAGAUAGGUUGAUGAGGCUGGCGAGGAAUGAGUUUGGAAAUUUCGUGGUGGUCAAGGCACUGCGACUCACGAAGGAGAUGAAUAGGACCGAUUUGUUUUGGGAUUUGGUUCAGAAGCUGAUGCCUUUUCUCCAACUCUUGCGUAGUUCUCACGGAAAUAACAUUGCAAACAUCUUGGAGUCAUGUUCUAUAAGAACAAGAUGCUCAAAUUAA